AUGGCUACUAUCAGCACUUUAAACCCAGGAGAACCGACAAGCCCUGUCUCGCGGUUGGACGCGCUUCGCCGGGAGCUGAUCAAGGCAAAGCACACUUCGCAGACACCUCCCAGCACAAAAGGUCGUGAGUCUCACACUACCCCCGGCACUGUGGACCGGCGGCGCGAGGAUUCAGGAGCAAGCGAUCUCCUCGACAUGGAAGGUACCGAGAGCGUCGACGGCGAGUGGGAAGCAGACAUUGACCCUCAAAAUAUACCAGCCUUGGCUUCGGUGCUCUGGGAGUACGUUCCAUGCCCCUGUCGGUGUCUGGAUGAUGUUGCAUCUACUGACGGUAUAUCUCUCUUUUCCUAG